CUCGCGGGCUCGGGCUCCUGCACCUGCACCUGCUGCCCUCGCUUUCCGCUCGCCGGAGUGGGACGACCGCAGCGCGCCAGGCGUCGCCGCCCGGGAAAUCGGCGCGAUGGAGCCUCUGCCGCUCGUGCUGGGACUGACUGCACUGCUGGCCAUGAAGCUCACUUGCAAGACCUUGGACCAGUCUUUCUCUUGGCCUACCUCAAAGGGUUCUUGUGAAGAUAAAAUGGAAGAGGGGAAUAAUUUCCACUGUCAAGCUCCAUGGAAGAAAGGUCUCUCUUCUGCUGUGUUGGAAGUUCACGUUGGAGCCAAAUCAGUGGUUGUCAUCCAAGGGCAGCAGGCCAUCCUGCCAGUCUGGUAUACCACCCACAGCAAGAAUGCGCCUUUUGUCACAUGGCACAUUGAAAGACAUGGACCUCGUAAGCAUUCCCAGAUCAUGGUGUACAUGACAGGAGCGACAAAAGUGGAAGAUCCAGAUCUCAACAAUCGGGUUGGCUUUCUGUACCCCAUGCCAUUUAAUAAUGUCUCCAUUGCAAUUAACAAUACCAAAGAAGCUGACUCAGGCCAGUACAUGUGCACAGUCAACCUUUUGGAUGACAAGAGCGGGAAAAAUAUUGGACUCAUCAACCUAACAGUUCUAGUCCCACCAUCCACGCCAAAAUGUCAGAUUCAUGGAAGCCCUCGCGUCGGGGGGAACAUUACCAUGACCUGCAAUUCAGCUUUGGGCAAACCCGUCCCUAUGUAUAACUGGAGACGCACCGGACCCAGCUAUCAGAUUUUCUUCGAACCUGUGCAAGACCUCAAGAAGGGGAUUCUGAUGCUGACAAAUCUCACGACGGAUAUGUCCGGAACCUACAUCUGUAAUGCUUCCAGUAAUGCCGGCUAUGCCGACUGCACUGUGACCCUGGAGGUGAAACCACCAUUCCGCGCCGCGGUGGUGGCUGGUGCAGUCGUGGGAUCCCUCAUCGGGCUUGGCCUGAUCAUCCUGUUUCCACUUCAGAUGUUCAUCUACAGAAGGAAAAAGAAAGACGCACAGGAGGAGAUGGCCAAUGAGAUCAAGGAAGACGCUGUAGCUCCAAAGACGCUUUCUUGGACGAAAAGUCCCGGUUCUGACGCCUCCAAAAACGGCACUUUGUCGUCAAUGAACACAACUCGGGAUCAGAAGCUGUAUCCCUCCAAGCCCGCCUCGGACACGGCUUCCAUCACCACUGCUACCGGCAGCACGGUGGGGUACAAGCCCCCUUUUGGCCACCCCAGGAGUGGGACGCUCACGCCAACGCCCAGCCUCUCCAGCCAAUCGUUGCCCCUCUACUUCCCACCAGUGGUGAAUGGGAUCCAUGGCCACCAUGCCAGUGUGCCAGUCCAUAGGAACGCUCUCCCUAGGACAAACGGGGCUCAGCCGCAACAGGAGCCCACCGCCCCUCAAGGAUUAACGUCCUCCACCCUGAACCGCAUGGGGGCGGUGCCUGUCAUGGUGCCUGCCCAAAGCCAAGCGGGAUCCUUGGUGUAAGUGCUGGAUGGCUCCUGGGACCCUCCGUGCAGCCAGUGGCUCUAGCAAUCCCAAGCAAUGCCGAGAGACUGGCAGCACACUAGCUCAA